AUGAAUGGAGACGACGCCUUUGCAAGGAGACCCAGGGUUGAUGCUCAAAUACCAGAGAAGAUACAAAAGGCCUUCGAUGAUAUUGCCAAAUACUUCUCCAAGGAAGAGUGGGAAAAGAUGAAAGCCUCAGAGAAAAUCCUCUAUGUGUAUAUGAAGAGAAAGUAUGAGGCCAUGACUAAACUAGGUUUCAAGGCCACCCUCCCACCUUUCAUGUGUAAUAAAUGGGCCGCAGACUUCCAGGGGAAUGAUUUUGAUAAUGACUAUAACCGUGGGCAUCAGGUUGAACAUCCUCAGAUGACUUUCGGCAGGCUCCAGGGAAUCUUCCCGAAGAUCAUGCCCAAGAAGUCAGCGGAGGAAGGAAAUUAUUCGAAGGGAGUGCCAGAAGCAUCUGGCCCACAAAAAGAUGGGAAACAGCUGUGCCCCCCGGGAAAACCAAGUACCUCUGAGAAGAUUAACAAGACAUCUGGAAAUAGGGAGGCCCAAGAAAAGGAGGAGAGAUGGGGAAGAGCUCAUCGGUGGAGCAGUCAGAACACACACAACAUUAAUCGAUUACGACCCAAAAGGGGGAAACAUGCCUGGACCCACAGACUGCGUGAGAGAAAGCAGCUGGUGAUUUAUGAAGAGAUCAGCGACCCUGAGGAAGAUGACGAGUAACUCCAUAAGUGAACCUUCGGCUCACCCUCCACAUCCCUGCAGAUGUGCUAUUCUGUUAUGCCUCAGGGAUACGACAUAUGCCCAUGAUGAGAAGCAGAACGUGCUGACCUUUCACGAACAUGGGCAUGGCUGCGGACCCCUCGUCAUCAGGUGCAUAGCAAGUGAAAGCAAGUGUUCACAACAGUGAAAAGUUGAGCGUCAUUUUUCUUAGUGUGCCAAGAGUUCGAUGUUAGUGUUUCCAUUGUAUUUUCUUACAGUGUGCCAUUCUGUUAGAUAUUAACGUUUUCAUUGAUGAGCAAGACAUGCUUAAUGCAUAUUUCGGUUUGUGUAUCCAUGCACCUACCUCAGAAAACAAGUAUUGUCAGGUAUCUCUGCAUAGAACAGCAUUACCCUCCUCUCUCCCCAGAUGUGACUACUGAGGGCAGAUUUCAGUGUUUAAUUUCCGAUUUGCUCCUCUGCAUUUACACACACACCACAUCACACACACACACACACAGAAACACACCAAGUACCAGUAUAGGCAUCUCCCAUCUGCUUUUCUCCAUUGCCAUGCGUCCUGGUCAAGCCCCCCUCACUCUGUUUCCUGUUCAGCAUGUACUCCCCUCAUCCGAUUCCCCUGUAGCAGUCACUGCCAGUUAAUAAACCUUU